GACUACCACUCCAGCAUCAUGCCCUUGCACGGUUUUGUGUACACUCGCGCGUUGAUCUUUUUGCUGGGAACCAUGGGACCUACUCGGAGUUUUGUCAAGAACGUCAACAGCCCGUUUGUCUAUGCCCAAUCCGUCCUGGGGGCGGCUCUGAUUUCGGUGAGCCACUGCCGGGGUUUGUGGCCUGUCCCAACGUAUCUGGUCUUAGUCCACGGAUUGGGUAAGUUGAGUCUACGGGUGCAAGAAAAGUACCAGUCAUGCCGGUAUGUCAACGGUUCCCAUCCACAC